CGACCACCAUCAUCUCUUCUGCACGACCACUUACUGACGACUGACGACUUCGACACGAUGAGCUCGACACAGAGCCUCGACCUGCUCUUUGGCUUCCUCGAGAGGUCCUACGCGACCGUCGAGACCAACUUCUACAAGAUACCCGGCUCGUCCGUCGUCGCCCGCUACGUCAGGUCAUCCCACCAGAACGACCCUGGCCGCACGCUGCUCGAGGUCAUCCUCAUUGUCUUUGCCAUCCGGACCCUGCUGCAGUCGCGCACACGUGGCGACCAGUCGGGCAAGCACUUCAUCAAGUUUGACGAGAAGGAAAUUGACGACCUUGUGGACGAAUGGACCCCCGAACUCCUCGCUCAGCCCCUCACCCCGGAGGAGCAGGCUGACCUCGCGUCCGUCCCGGUCAUCGUCGGCCCUACUGGCCCCAAGCCUAAGCUCUCCUCCGGAAAGACGGUCAUCAACUUGGCUAGCUACAACUUCACUGGACUCGCUGGAAACGACGCUAUCAAGGCCUCUGCUAUCGACACUCUGAAGAAGUACGGACUCGGCAGCUGUGGUCCUCCUGGUUUCUACGGCACGCAAGACGUCCACAUCCAACUGGAACAGGACAUUGCCGACUUCCUCGGAACCGAGGCGUCUAUCCUCUACUCGCAGGCGUUCUCGACCAUCAGCUCUGUCAUUCCGGCGUUCUGCAAGCGUGGCGACAUCAUCGUUGCGGACCGUGGCGUCAACUUCGCCAUCCAGAAGGGCCUCCAGAUCUCGCGUUGCACAGUGCGCUGGUAUGACCACAAUGACAUGCAGAGCCUCGAGCAUGUGCUCGAGAGCGUGGAGAAGGAGCGUCGCAAGCGUAAGGGGCCUCUUACGCGUCGGUUCAUCGUCACGGAAGGUAUCUUCGACCACGAUGGUGAAAUGUCAGAUCUGCCGAAGCUGGUCGAGCUUAAGAAGAAGUUCAAGUACCGUCUUAUUUUGGAUGAGAGCAUCUCGUUCGGUAGCGUUGGUCGGACUGGUCGCGGUUUGACGGAGCUGUACAACGUUCCGGCUUCUGAGGUGGACAUGCUCGUCGGUUCUGUUGCGAAUGGCCUCUCUUCGUGCGGCGGUUUCUGUGCUGGCUCUCACAUCGUCGUAAACCACCAGCGUAUCAACGGCACUUCGUUUGUCUUCUCUGCUUCCAUGCCUGCCGCCCUCACUGUCGCCGCGUCCGAGGGCAUCAACAUCCUCCGCAACACGCCGUCCAUCCUGACCACCCUGCACGAGAAUGUGCGCGCGGUCCGCGCCAUCCUGGACCGCGUCGACUGCAUCACCAUCCCCUCGCACCCCGCCAGCGCCGUGAUCCAUCUCCAGGUCCGGUGGCAAACCCUGCAACUGCCCACGCCGACGUCCGCAUCGCCCGGCAAGCCGUCGAACCCCCUCUCGGCGAAGCCGCGCGAUCCGCCGCAGUUCAACGUCGAGCUCGAGGAGAAGCUGCUGCAGGACAUCGUCGAUGAGGCUCUCGCGCAGGGGGUUAUGGUCACCCGCGCGAAGUGCAUCCGCGCGCAGGAGCUCAACGAGGUGCGCCCGAGCAUCCGCCUCGCGAUUACUUCCGCGCUCUCGCGCAAGGACUGCGAGAAGGCUGCGGGCGUCGUGAAGGCUGCGUUCGUCAAGGUUGUGGGGAAGCGCCGGUAAACGGCUGGAAGAUGUAAAGCUUGGAUAUUUAUUUAUCGUAUAUAGAGCAACCUGUAAUGCUGUGGGGUUUAUACAUCCUAUUAAUGG